CUUCCAGUUCGGAGCUCGCCAAUCAUAUUAUCGAAUACACGAAGGUCGCCGGAUUAACUCGACUCAGUACGAGCACGCACGUCGGCAGUUAAUACUUGUGGCUUUUACCGUUUGCUAUUUUUCUGAUUAAAGUGUUCUGGAAUGAUAUUUCUAUCGUAAAUAUUGGUUAGACCAAUAAAAUACAAUAAUAAUAAGUACGAAUAUGAAUCCCGUAAUUACACCGAGGAAUAUGGAAUCAACGCGUCAUUCUUUAGAUCUAUUGUGUUCCAAAUUUACGCGACAAUGUAUCAAUGAAAAUGAUUUUCCACAGUCGUCCCAUAAUAUAGAAGAAAGUGGUAUGGAAAUGACGGUACCAACGAUAACGCAUGAUGGUGAGGUUAGUUUUGUCGUUGGCGAAGAAAUAAUGAUAGAUCACAUUAAUACUCUCAAGGAACUUCAAGAGAUGCUCCGUGUUAAAGAUGAGAAAGUGGCAGAACUUAAAGGUUUGUUAAUACAGCGCGAUGCAAAAAUUAAAGAAUUACGUAAGAAACUAGAUAUGUAUCGUAGUAUUCUUCCAUUCUUAUCUCCUUAUGGACGAUCAUUAAAACAUAGACCUCAAGGAGACUUCUAAAAGAAGCAUUCGAUAGUCGAUUUUAGAAAUAUGUAUUGUGACAAAUGAAUAUGUAAGCGAACGUACAAGAUAUUUCUUUAGAAAGAUAUAGAAGCGUGCUCGAAACAAAAGCAGAAAGUAUUCUUAUCGUUAUUUUUUUUUUCGUUGGUAUAAAUGCAGAUGGUAAGUGGAGCAGAUAACCGUCCAAUAUAAAAAAGUUGAUCUUUAUGCGUUUAUUUUUGAGUAAUAGAAAAUUUUAUUCUUCGUCGAUUAGAUCUCGUAAUACUAUUUUUACAAAGACUGAAACUAUUUUUAAUCGUUUAUUACAGUUUCUAAUAUUACUUAAAAUUCGUACGUAUAUCAAGGUAUUUAUCAAAAGCGUUGACAAAUUUUUCGCUAUUUAUACAAUUAUGUAUCCUAAUUCAUAAUUCAUUUUUAUGUAAGUAUUAUACCUGAAAUUAUACUCAGGGAUUGUAAUCGAUAUUAAUCGUAUGUAUGAUGUUUAACUAUUGAAAACAAUUAAUAAUGAACAAAUGUUCCUGAUAAAAAUAUAAUGUACAAGGUUACGUAUACAAGUCAUGACUUUUACUUUUCAUUAGAACAUAAUAUUUCAUACGUAGUAAUUUAUUAGAUAGUGCGUGUAAAAGAUUUUGUAUCAAACAUCUUGCGCAUUGUAAUAUUAUAUAGCGCAAUAAAUUAAUAUAUAAAUGAUAAGAUAUAUUAAUAACAUUGUACGUAAUAAAAGUAACACAUAGUACAAUAACUUUAAGAAACGUCUACCAUGUUUGAUCUGUGAUAUUAUCACAGCAUUAUUUUCAUAAAUUAAUUUGCAUUUAAACUUAUAUACAAAUAAAAUGCAACGUUAUUAUUUCAA